UGAAUUCUCUAGAACAUGGUCCAUGGAACUAAAGGUGGACUUUCCUUUUCAAGCUUUUUUUUCUGGCUCGACUCUUGGCGUCUCCUUCUCCCUCCACCAUUAACAAACCCAACACCCUCUUUUAUUAUCUUCAAAACCCCUAAAACUUCCUUAAACUUUCCUCAAAAUCUCCCCUUAAACCCUUUUGGAAUAAAGCCCUAAACUUUACCCAAUUGUUCCAUUACCCAAUUUUACAAGAAAUUGCAAGAUACCAAUAUCAUAAACACUAGAAUAGUUCAUUACAGCGAAGAAUCAAACGUUCUGCUGCUAUACCCACUUCUUUUGAAUUUUAGGAUCUUUGCGGAUCCAUUUUCUUUUGUGGGUAAUUUUGCAAAAACAAGAAAGAAGAAAAUGGCUGGAAAUCGGAGACGGGUCGGAGAUGAUCGGUUUUAUAGCCCACCGGCGAUGAGAAAGCAGCAAAAAAUGAAAGCCAAGUCAAGAAUUGAACCGGAGUCUGAUGAUGGUGCCCCCUCAACGGCGUCGUUUUCAUCCAAUUUGACCAAUUUCGAUCGGUUCUUGGAGCAUACCACGCCCAAGGUUCCUGCUCUAUUCUUCCCCAAGACAAUCAUGAGAGGGAUGAGGAAUCUUGACAAUGAUCCCAAUCCAUACUUUAUCUUGGGCGACCUUUGGGAGUCUUUUGGUGAAUGGAGUGCAUACGGAGCAGGAGUUCCUCUUGUGUUGAAUCAGAGUGAUUGUGUUGUCCAGUAUUAUGUGCCAUAUUUGUCUGGGAUUCAACUUUAUAUAGAUCCUUCGAGGCCCUCCAUCAAGCAAAGGAGACCAGGUGAAGAAAGUGAUGCUGAUUCUCUCAAGGAGACAAGUAGUGAUGACAGUAGUGAAUAUGGAGCUGGAGCUUCAAGGAUAGCCAAUGAAGUUCAGGGGAGUUGGAAUCAGCAGAUUUUAAUUGGAUCAACUAUUGAUGGAAGCAAGCAUUUCUCCCUAAAAAAGGACCCUUUAUUAGAAUCUUCAGGUGAUGAGAAUGAGAUGGGGAACUCUCCUGGUCUCCUUGCAUUUGAAUAUUUUGAGCGAAAGCAACCAUAUGGUCGUGAACCUUUAGCUGAUAAGAUUUCAGGCCUUGCAUCUAAAUUUCCUGAACUGAAGACGUAUAGGAGCUGUGAUCUUACUGCUGCAAGUUGGAUUUCUGUGGCUUGGUAUCCCAUAUAUAGGAUACCAACAGGACCAACAUUGCAAAAUCUUGAUGCGUGCUUUUUGACAUACCAUUCCCUCUCAACUCCUUCUGGUGUUCCUAGGACUGACUGGCCUCAACAACAUGGCACAACUAUCAGUAAAGGCACUGUCAAUGCUGGUAUGUCCGCCAAGCUACCUCUCCCAACCUUUGGGCUGGCCUCCUACAAAUUCCAAGCAUCUUUUUGGUUCCCCGAUGGAGUCAAUGAAUGUCAGAAGGUUAACUCUCUAUUACGAGCUGCUGACAAUUGGCUCCGGCUUUUGCAAGUUAAUCACCCUGACUAUAGUUUUUUCAUGUCACAUAAUUCUUAUCGAAGGUGAAGUUUGUUAUUUUCUUGUAAGCAUAACAUCCUGAGAUGCUCAUCCGGCUGUUCAAGUUGGUUUCUGGGUAUAGCUAAACUAGACUUGAAAAGUACCCUUCUGUUUACACAAUAUAAGCUGUUGUACUUUUAUUAGUUACUCGUAGAUGCAUGAGUGGUAAGGUUUGCAGUAGGAUCAAGAGGGGCACAUGAAGGUUAGCAUCUUCACUGUUUCCUCAAUCAACAGUGAGUUCCUGGAUAUGUUCUGAUGACUGUUACUUUGUCAAAGCUAGCUCUAUAUUUCAGCUUACACUCAAGUUAAUGUUGAUUUUAAAACAACUAGGUUGAUUUUCAGUGUGUGUAUAAAUGAAUGGUCUGUAAUACCUCUGGUAUAAUAUCGACUCACAGUAUAUGACUUUGUAUAUAGCAAUGUUUUUAGAGUCUGGCUGAA